ACUCUAUGAUCUAAACAAACCAGCAAAUAAAAAUAAAGGAUUUGAGUGAGGAAAAUCACAACACAAACUUCAAAAAGUAUUUAAAUAUGUUUGUGGCGCGCCCUAAACUCGCAAUGAAGACGGACAAGAUAGACGCUACAGAAAAGGAAGUUCAACCGGACGUGCGGGAAGACGAGGAGCAGCGCGCCAAGCAGCAGGAGAUCAUCGACCUGCUGGUGGCCGCCGGCUACUUCCGGGCCCGCAUCAAGGGCCUGUCCGCCUUCGACAAGGUGGUGGGGGGCAUGACCUGGUGCAUCGACACCUGCAACUUCGACGUAGACAUCGACCUGCUGUUCCAGGAGAACCUCACCAUCGGCCAGAAGAUCGCGCUGACGGAGAAGAUAGUGGCCGUGCUGCCACAGAUGAAGUGCCCCCACGCCAUCGAGCCCCACCAGAUACAAGGCCUCGACUUCAUCCACAUCUUCCCUGUCGUCCAGUGGCUGGUGAAGAAGUCGGUGGAGACGCGGGAGGAGAGGGGCGACCUGACGCGCUCCCUCGCCAUCAGCCAGUUCGACAAGCAGUUCAGCCUCCCCGAGGAGCAGCGGGACCGCGCGCGGCUGCGCGGCGUGGAGCAGCACGUCCGCCUCGCGCAGGAGGUGUACCGCCCGCGCAGGCUGUUCCGCCGGCGAGACCCCCCCCCGGCCGAGGAGGAGCGCCGAGUGCAGAGCACCCUGCUGGAGUACGGCCACAGCGCGGCCGUGCUGGCGGCCGCCGCCUCGGACAGCACGGGUUCGACCAGCGACCAGGCGUCCCCGGAGAGGCUGGAGUCGGACAAGCACGAGGAGCUGCAGAUCCAGGAUCUCAUGAAGGGCAUGUCCUCCGCCCCGGAGCAGGAGGGCAGAGUGGCCGCUAGCGUGGUUGGCAGCAUCGUCAGCUUGCGAGCGGAGGAGAUAGAGAAGGCAGCGGCCGGCUACGCCCGGGUGCAGGCGGAGAAAAGUGCGGGGCUGGCCGGGGGCUCGAGCGCGCUCGCCGUGGCCCAGCGGCAGGCCCAGCUGCUGGGGGACGCGCGCGACAAGCUGCAGCGAGACAACCGGGCGCUGCAGGACGCCCUGGGGCAGCGCUCCCGAGAGCUCCAGGCAGUGCGGGCCCGGGCCGGCGACGCCCGCCGGAGACUGGCCGCCCUAGAGGCCUCGGAGACCGACCACAACCAGGGCGUGCUGCGCAGACUGCAGCGCCUGGUGCUGAUGAACGAGAGCUUGCGCCAGCAGGAGCAGCAGUUCCGUGAGCAGUGCCGCGCCGAGCUGGAGCGUCUGCAAGCCCUCGUCAACAGGGAGGCGCAGGCGGAGGCCGGGCCGGACCGCGAGGGAGACGGCGCCGCGCCGGCCGGCGCACAGCUGCAGGAGCUGCGCGACAAGGUGCGGGCGCUGCGCCUGGCGCUGGCCAAGAGGAACCGCGCCAUCGCGUCGCUGCAGCGCCAGCUGGACGAGGUGCCCGGCCGCGCGGAGCUGGCGCAGUACCAGCGCCGCUUCCUCGAGCUCUACAACCAGGUGGCAGCGAAGCACAAGGAGACGAAGCAGUUCUACACGCUGUACAACACGCUGGACGACACCAAGCUGUACCUCGGCAAGGAGCUGUCGCUGCUCAACUCCGUCCUCGACAACUACGGAGAGGCCAUGGCAUCGGCGAGCGGCAAGGAGCAGUUCAUCCAGCAGUUCGACGCCAUCGUGGAGGGCAUCCGCCAGAACAAGGCCAAGGUGCAGCAGCGGCUGGGCGACGAGCGCAGGCGCCGCGACGCGCUCAGCCAGCAGCUGCUGGGACUGGUGGAGCUGCAGCGACGCUACGUGGCGGCCGUGCGCCAGGUCACCAUCGAGUGUCGCAGCAACGAGGCCCUGCUGGCGCAGCUGCGGGGACGCUGACCGCCCGUCCGUUCCCGUCUCCCGGCCGCUGCUUCUGUUGCUUGUUUAACAUCAGAUAUACUGUACUUCAAAUCAUUCGGGAAAUGAAAUCGUGAAACGGAGUUAGCUUCCCAACUUAAAAGGAAAAGGGCCUGUUCCGAUACCAUUACCGAUACCUUACACCGGGGGCGUAGCCAGAGGGGGGGGGGGGGGGGGGGGUUUAGGGUUUCAAACUCCCCCCCCCCCCCAAGCCCCAAAUCUUUAAUUAAAUUUCUUAUUCAUCACUCAAACAAAUUUCAUAUUAAAAAUUAAUAAAAAUGUUACCAUUACAAUAUUUAAAUUUAAGUACCGAAAACUGCUAAAAUAGCACUAUUUUACACCUUAACAUCCAAAUUUUCCCGGGGGAGGACUCCCGGACGCCCCGCGGGGUGGGGGGGGCAUGCAUCUCAACACCCCCCAUACACAAAUCCUGGCUACGCCACUGCCUUACACUGCAAUCAACAUUUACAAUUACUGGCCACGCUAUAUGUGAAUGAUUAUUGGAGGGUGACCAUUUACGGGUGAUCGUUAAUGGAUUUCGCAGUUGGCCCUGAGUUACGUCGUAAAAGCUUGCGACUGUAUGUAAGCCUGAUUGACGGCUCUAAGUUACGUGAUAUGAAACACACUCUGAUUAUAGUGCAUCAUAAGGUGUGUUUUCAUUGUUUUAUUUUUGUAAUGGCUUACAUUUUAUGAUCUUCUAACCUUAGGUUAAGAAUUUUUCAUAAUUUUUUUUUAAAAACUUUAAGUGUUAGGUAACUAUUAAUGUUUGUAUGUAAACAUAUUUAUAUAAUGUAAAGGAAACAUAGUUAAGAUUGUUUGUUAUUAUUUCCUGUAAAGUAACAUCUUCAGUAUUCCAAUGCUUUGUAAUGCUUGUAAAUGUGUUGAAUAACUAUAGAUGUUUUCUAUCUUUUUGAAGAGAGUAAGUUCUUAAUCAAAGGGAAACUUUCAUAAGUAUGCCCAUUUACGGCUCCCUGUAAUAUUUUCAAAUAUUUAUGUGAUUAAUUCAUCUUGUCUUUAUGUGUACCUAAAAUUAUUAUAUUUAAAAUAUUCAGAUGAUUAAAAUUAAUGCUGCAGCUAUAAUUCUUCAUGAUUUUUUGUAGCUUGUGAAACUCCUUUGUUGUUUGAAAGGGGAGCUCUCUGUCACCUGAACAGCAAGACAGCAAACUGUUACAUCUGUGGGGUUAUUUAGAGUAAGUGAUUUGUACCGAGGGAAACUGAAGUAUAGCACAGCCCAGUUUUAAUACAUAGCUCAGUACAUUGGUUUGGUUAUUUUACACUAAGUAGUCGUACAACAUGUAUUUUUUACAUAUAAUGCAAAAAGAUUUUAGAAACACAAAGUGAUUUAUUGGGCAUAUGUGAAUGUACAUCUAUACAUACAUACAUACAUACAAAGAAGAGUUUGUUUGUUUGCAUGUGUUUUGUACAUGUGACAUACAAAAAAAGAAAAUGUCACUGUCUACAUGAGUUCUAAAAACCACUCCAUGUAGUUUACGUUUUGGAAUAGUUAUUUAGGUUAGCUACAUUUAAAAUGCUGAAAAAUUGUGUUGAAUGGUUGGUUACUUUAAGUUCGCGAAGUUAAAAAUACUCAUAUGGUGUAUUUCAGGAGAGUAAUUCUCAAAAAUACCAUUUUCUGAGUUUAAAUUAUUUUUCUUCAGAUGUGUACCUAUUCUAGGAAAUUAACUGUUUUAUCAUGUUUAACAGAAUCAUAUAUGAAAUAAAUGGUAUACAAAAAAUUCAAGUUUGAAGUUAAAUAUGUUUCAUUGUUAAAAAUUGUGUGAUCUCUGUCACUUUGUUGUAACAAAAGUUGUCCCUUUGGAUUGGGUUAAUUUUUCAAAAUGUUGAAGUCAAUAAAUUUUUGUAGAUUGUGAAAA